GUUCUGCUGCGUUUGAACGCGUCAUAAAAGCAGCUCCGUCAGCUUCUUUCUCGAGUAAGUUGCCGAUCAAACGGCGGCGCGUGACCGCGAGCCCCCGGAGUCAGCUGUGAGGUGACCUUUGACGACCUUUGGUGCGACGCUGUCCCACGGGAGGCCAGUGGCGUUCGCCGUACGCGGCAGGCGGGACUCGGCUCCCCAAAGUGGUGCUGCUGCCAGUGAACGGUCGUGAACCAAUGUCAAACGAUUGGAACGUUCAGUGAAAUCGGCGCGCAAGUCCCAGGAGGUGCUUCGUUGAGUUUUCCACUUGAAGUCGUGGGACAACCGAAGCCCGAGUUCACCUCCCGUCGGCAGUCGGCCACCGCGGCGCGGCCGCUCUCACCAGUGUUCUGUACGAACAUCUGCUGUGGUGCAGCGUAUACCGCGCCCGGCCUGUGACCAGUGACGUCAUUAGCGCCACGGGCGACUCGUGAAACGUGAUUCGUGAUCCGUGACUUACGCUCACGAACGUGAUCUAACCAAGGAAAGUGACACCGCGCUGUAAACUGGGCCAACAUGUGCUUUUAAAGCCGGCGAAGUGGUACCACUGACGUCACUAUGUGCGAUUUAAACUGGACCAGUGACGUCACUAUGGGCUGAGUGACGUGUGCCGGAGCUGACUUACGACCAGUGGCCUGAGCAGAAGGUGGACCUGAGCCUGGAUCUCUUGACCUCGGGAUCUUUGACCUGGAUCUCUGGACCGCCCACCGCCGGCCGACGUGGACAUCUUGUGCGCGUCUCGCCCGGACGAUGGUGGCAACAGACCCAUGAUCCCGGCGAUCGUGCGCGUCGUGCUCGACGAGGGCGAGGUCAAGUGCGUGCCGCUGACACCGGAGACCACUGCGCGUGACGUCAUCGAGUGCUGCCGCGACCCGGACGAGCCCUUCUGCACGCUGACACAGACCACUCGCGACGGAGAGAGGGUUUUGGCGCUGCACGAGCGGCCUCUUCUGCUGAUCCAGGGCCAGCAGGAGGUCGGCGAGCGGGUCACCUUUGUGCUCCGCUACGACAUGACACAGGACGUCCGAGAGGACACCGGGUCGGCAGACGAUGGAAUGAAGGGGCCGCAGCCUGCCUCGACUCAGCUACCGGACGGCGUCGAACUGACUCUCUCGGAGCUGCGAGAGAUGGCCGGCAGGCAGCAGCAGCAGAUUGACGACCACCAGCAGCAGCUGGUGGCCAAAGAGCAGCGGCUCAAGUACCUCAAACAGCAGGAGAGCCGCCACCAGGCGAUGAACUCAGAGACGGAGCGACUGCGCCGGCUGCGGGAACGGGUCGAGGCGCAGGAGCUGAAACUGCGCAAACUGCGGGCGCUGCGCGGUCAGAGCGAGCAGCAGAGGGUCAACAACAACGCACUGAGUGUUGACCUGGAGAACAUCCGCGCGCUGUUUAAUGAGAAGGAGAAGGAGCUGUCGCUGGCGGUGGCCCGGGUGGAGGAGAUGACCCGGCAGCUGGAGGAGGUGCGACGCGGCAGGGAGCUGCGCCAGGGACCGCAGGGCGACACACACCGGGAGCUGGAGAAACUGCGACGGGAACUCAUGUACCGGAACAAGCUGAACGAGCAGCAGCACAGCCAGCUGGCCAGCCAGACGGAGACGCUCGGUCAGCGGCGAGACGAGAUGGCGCGCAUCGACCAGCGCAUCGCCGAACUGCAGCAGCGGCUCCACCGCAAACGGGUGCACAACCAGCAGCUGGCCUCGCAGCUGCACGCCGCCAGCGCCGCCAAGCGGCAGGUCCGGCAAACGUCGGCCAAGACGCUGCCGGCGCCGGCGCCGCUGCGAACCAAAGAUGACAUGGGCAGCGAGCCGGCCGACUUUGGGCUCAACAAGAGCGACCCCAAGUACCAGACGCUGCCGUACAACACCAAGUUCCACAUGAAGGAGGCGGGCGUGCCCGACAGGCAGGAGGAGCCGGAGCCAGCGGCGGCGCCUCCUCCCGGACCGCGGCCGGCCGGUCCUCGAGCACCGCCGCUAGGGGGCACCCUCAGUCAGGGCGGCCCGCUACCGCAGACCAUCCUGCCGCAGCCCUACGGCCAGCGACCACCGACGCAGCCACCGCCGGCGCGAGCCUCUGGUCUACCCCGGCCGGUGGCGCCGAGCGUCUCCGCCAACACCUCCAGCUCAGCGCGACUGCAGGGAGGCGCGGCGCCACCGCUGCCCAACAACCUACACGCGGACCCGGCAGAGGUGAACGGCGAGCGUCCGCUGCUGCCUCCCAAACCGGCCUCUGGGCCUCCCCCGUCCAAACCGACCGCCAGCCGACUGAACGGGGAGACAGUACCCGAGGCGCCGCCGCCGGCAGGUCUUACCGGAGACGUCAGUCAGGUGUCAGUGCGAGGAACGCAGGCCAAGGGGCCGCCGCACCCCUACAGAUACGCCAGCCGCAGUCAGAUCGCCAGCACGUACACCAACCAGCACCGGCCAGAGAACGGUCAGCUGCCGCAACAGCAACAUCAGCAGGAACAGCAGGAACUCAUCAACUCGUACCAGCAGCACCUACAGCAGCAGCAGUUCCAGAAACAGCAACAACUCCAACACCAAUUCCAGCAGCAGCAACAGCAGCAGCAGCAGCUUCAACAGCAGAAGCAGCUUCAACAGCAGAAGCAGCAGCAAGAGCUGCAACAACAGCAGCAGCGACAGCAGGAGGAACAGCAGCGGCUGCAGCAGGACCAGCAGGUGUCUCAGCAGGACCAGCAGCAGCAGCAGUCGGCGCGGAAGGCCGCCGGGGACUCGUCGGACGACUCUCCGCCGGUGCGGGUCAGCAUCAACAGCCGGAUCGCCAUGCCGCCGGCCUACAUGUUCCCGCAGCUGGCGCCGGAGAGCUCGGCACGCGCCGCCGACCCGGCCGACGGCGCUACGGACCGCAACGACAACCCUGUGGAUGAGGUGGACCGCGCGCCGGCGGCCGACCGCCGCCUGAGGCUGGGCCAGGAGCAGCUCGCCGUGCUGCAGCAGCAGCAGCAGCAGGUGAAGGAGCAGGUGAAGGAGCAGCAGCAGAAGGAGCAGGAGGCGAUGGAUCUGGACGCCAACCUCAACCCCGCCGAGAACGGAUCACACAUGGAAUCGAGCGGUGACUCGAGCGCCGCUGAUAGUCCCGGCUCGGACGGGGACGGUCAGCCCAGCGUCGGGCCGGCGCUGCGCCGCCGAAAGGCCUCCAACCUGAAGGCCCCCGGCUCGGUGGCCAAGACGAACCGGGUCAGCUUCGACCCGCUGGCGCUGCUGCUCGACGCCAGUCUCGAGGGAGAGCUGGAGCUCGUCAAGAAAACGGCAGGUGAAGUGCGGGACCCCUCUGCGUCCAACGACGAGGGCAUCACCGCGCUGCACAAUGCCAUCUGCGCCGGCCACUUUGAGAUCGUCAAGUUCCUGGUCGAGUUCGGCUGUGACGUCAACUCGCAGGACAGCGACGGAUGGACCCCGCUGCACUGCGCCGCCUCGUGUAACAACCUGCCGAUGGUGAGCUUCCUGGUGGAGCACGGCGCGUGCAUCUUCGCCACCACCCUCUCCGACCACGAGACGGCCGCCGAAAAGUGCGAGGAGGAUGAGGAAGGCUACCACGGCUGCUCAGAGUACCUCUACAGUAUCCAGGAGAAGCUGGGCAUCCUGAACAGCGGCCGGGUGUACGCCGUAUUCGACUACCAGCCGCAGAACGCUGAUGAGCUGCAGCUGACCGACGGCAUGCCGCUGACCGUCAUCAGAAAGGGUGACGAGGUGGAGCGCGAGUGGUGGUGGACGUCCGGCGGCGACCCGCCGCGGGACGGUUACAUUCCCAGAAACCUACUCGGGUUGUAUCCACGCGUGAAGCCGAAGAGCGACCGUGAGGCGGACGCCUGAGCGCGGCACCGCUGCCGCCACGCGAGUGCCAUCUGUGAGAGCUAGUACAAAGGUGUGAUUGGUGCGGAGCCCGCCAGGGUGACAUAUCUCGGCCGACCUGUGACAGACUGUGCCUUACCAGCCGACAGAACAAGGGCGAGACAGAGACAGACAGACGUAUAUCAGGCACGUCGCUCCGCAAGGCCCGGCCGUAUGGAAGGUCUCGCUUUUUACCGUGCCGCCGUGUCGGCGUUCGUUACUGCGCCCCCUGGCGACCAGUUCCAGCAUUUAUGACGUAUCCGGCGCAGGUCGGCGCCGCCUCUCAGUCAGUUUUAUGUGCUCCGGUGCGCGCGCGUGCGUUUUUAUCGUGGCGAGAGAGCGCACCUGUUACUCGAAUUUUGUUAUGGUGGGCGGCGCCGACAGCCGUGAGUUACUCAGUGUGAUAUGUGCAGAGCGACGGGCGCUCCAGGGAGAGAGAGCGAGAGGAGCGGGUGCCGACUGCUGUGCAGUGCAUGUGUGGGAGAGAGGGAGGGAGGAAUGUGUGCAGCGCCCCCUGCCGGCGCAGAGUCUCGACUAGUAUUAUGUAAAUAUAUACACGCAUACCGAUAUGACGGUGGAA